AUGAAUCAACAAACAACUGCUGCAGUUCGAACACCAGCUGGAUGUACAACACCGUUUGAGGUGGUAACUGGAGUAAGACAAGGGGAAGUGGCAAGACCCUUCCUGUCCAACUUCGUUAUCGACGACAUCAUGCAAAGAACAGUCGAUCAGUGUCCUGCCGACAUCGUCUUGAAACCAUUAGAAUGCCCAUUGACUGAUGUCGAGGGCUGCAACUCCGCCCUGAUAGAUGCAAUCGAUGUCUUUCCAAGACCACGAACAGGAAUCAAGGUCGACGGACAACCGGUAGAGCUCGUCGAUGAGUUCUGUUACAUGGGCUAA